AUGCUUGUGACCAGUGGUUGCUUGGCGAAAAACCAGGCAUUUGAAGCCGCGCCGCUAGAGACAAUCAAAGAGAAGGGAGCAUAUUCAAUCAGGUCCCAGGUGCUUUAUGAGUUUGGCAUCAAAUGGAAGACGGCAUCUGCCGUCAGCGUUGCCAGUGCGGGGGCUUCCUUUUCACUCAAUGCUCAAGCCAACUUGGAUAUCUCCAACGGAGUUGGGCCAACCCUUCAGUCUAAGAAAGGCUGGGAGCCCCAGGUCACCUACUCAUACCCUGUUUUUACUACCUCUGGCGGAGUCUCGCUCAUACCCUAUGUCUGCUGGGGUGUCGAGUUCGUUAUCGAUGUUUACAACCAGGUCAGGCUUAAGCCAGCGAUCUCAUCGCAGACACUUGUUACAAUGCAGUCGAGCUACUCAGACGAGCCCCAGGGCCAGUGCUCGGCUAACAAGCUGGCCGUAAGCACCUGCAUGUCUACCAAGAGUAUGAUGAAACUUCGUAAUGGCGUCUACGAUACAUUGUAUAGUGGCUCCAGUCGCGCAUUGAAUCAAUGUUUUGAGGCACCUGAUAUGAUACCGACGGCUGAGGAUAUUGCCGAGCUGUCUGAGUUUGCCGGCGACUUCUGGCUGGUACAGGACUGGAAUAGCAAGAAGAUCUCAUUUGCUUGUAAGCAGAUCGCCACUGGGACGGAGACGGUGACGCAGCCGGUGACUACGACGAUUGGUGUUGGAACAGCCACCGUCACGGCCACGACAACGGUUGCCAGACCCGGCGAAGACGUAAAGUUCUACACUGAGGAUCCGUAUCAAUACAGAUAUAUUGGUGCUGGACCUGUGGGCAAUACCUGGACAGCUGGAGCAUGUUCCUCGCCAUCUGAAAAAUUGGGUAAGUGCUUCAAAAUCAGAAUUAAAGGCCCCAAAUGGACUGAUGGGCAGUAUCUAAAAUACAACUCAAACGAUCCCGACUCGCUCAUUUCAGGUAACGGGGGAUACCAUUCCCUUGUCCUAGACACAUGGUACCUGUCAGAAACGGGUCGCUUGAUCACACAAAACCCUUAUGCUCGGGGUGGCUUUGUCGCCGCUGUCCGAAACUCGAACAAGAUCAUCUUUGGCACUCCUGGUAGCAACCCCAACCCAGAUGGCGCUGAAGCCCUCUACUGCCAAAAGGACCCCAAUAACGUCUGCUCUGGCGUGCUUUCGUGUAGCACGGAUACCAGAAAUGGUCUUUCAUUCACUCCGUUGCGGUAUAACUGGUGGCUCCCGUGGGGCGACGUCCGAUUCUAUGAUGACUUUAGGCCUCAGCUCGGCGACAGGACUCCAGGCAGCGAGAUGGCGACAUUUACUUGGAAAGCGGUUUCCUGUGCAUGUUUAUGA